AUGGCCACUUCGACUCUUGUUAUUCGCAGGAUGACGCAGGGUCAGCACCUGCUGGACCAACGAGACUCUCCGUCGUCAACGUCGUUUUCAUCUGCUUACAGAAAACCCGCUCUCUGUGUAGACCGAGCUGUUGCCGAGAAUUCACCCAAGAACAAAUGUCGUAAACCGAACCGCCGAGUCACCUUCUCCGAUCGCGUCGACAUGAUAUCUUCCUCUUUUCUGCCGACCCGAUUUCGAGGGGAGCCUGACCGCUCUCAGAGCUCAGCUGCCCCCUCCCGUAUUGGCAAGAAGCUUGCGCCCCUGCUGCAGCUUCUGUCCAGAGUCGCAUGUUCCCAUCCCAUCCAUACCGUCGUCAUUGUUGCCGUCCUAGCCAGCACGUCCUACGUCGGUUUGAUCCAAGACAGUCUCUUUGAGGGCCCCGUGAGUCUGGGCAAAGCCGACUGGUCAUCUCUGGUUGAAGGCAGUAGGGACCUCAUCGCUGGCCCCGACACCCAGUGGAAAUGGCAGGGGAUCGAACCAGACGUUGCCUCUGUGGCUGACGCGAACCAUUUGGCACUCCUCACCUUCGUCUUCCCUGAUACCUCCUCGACUGAUUCCUCCAGCUCCGCUCCUCGAUCCCAUGUCGUUCCCACGCCUCAGAACCUCUCGAUUACACCUCUCCCUGUUACCGAGAACUCCUUCAACACUUACACCUUGGACAGCAUCCUCGCCUACUCUGUUCCCAAGAAACAGGCGCCUGAGUUUGUUUCAGCCGCAAAGGAAAUCCCCGAUGAGCAAGCAGAAGAAAUUGUUACCCAUCAUGGCCGCGAAAAGAAGAUGUGGAUUAUGAAGGCAGCCAAGGUCAACACCCGCAAUACCAUUGUCCAGUGGCUUAGCAACGCUUGGGUGGAAUUCAUCGAUCUGCUCAAAAACGCCGAGACUCUUGAUAUUGUCAUCAUGGUCCUCGGAUAUCUCUCUAUGCAUCUAACCUUUGUGUCCCUCUUCCUCUCCAUGAGACGGAUGGGCUCUAACUUUUGGUUGGGCAUGAGCACUCUCUUCUCAUCCGUGUUUGCCUUCCUCUUUGGCCUAGCUGUCACUACGAAGCUCGGAGUUCCUAUUAGUGUCAUUCUCUUGUCUGAGGGAUUGCCAUUCUUGGUUGUGACCAUCGGCUUUGAGAAGAAUAUUGUUCUCACAAGAGCAGUUUUGAGUCAUGCUGUCGAGCAUCGCCGUACCCAAGCUCGCGAUGCCAAGCCUGGCAGGAAAUCCGAUGAACAAACUCAGUCUCAAAAUGUCAUUUCAUAUGCCAUUCAGGCCGCCAUCAAGGACAAGGGCUACGAGAUUCUGCGUGACUAUGCCAUUGAAAUAGCAAUCCUCACCAUCGGUGCAGCGUCGGGAGUUCAGGGCGGUCUCCAACAGUUCUGCUUCCUGGCUGCCUGGAUUUUGUUCUUUGAUUGCAUCUUGCUUUUCACUUUCUAUACCGCUAUUCUCAGCAUUAAACUUGAAAUCAACCGCAUCAAGCGACACUACGAUAUGCGCAUGGCCCUGGAAGCUGAUGGUGUCAGCCGCCGUAUUGCCGAAAACGUGGCCAAGAGCAAUGACGACUGGGCCCAGUCCAAUAGCUCUGGAUCUAAAGACACCACGUUGUUUGGCCGCAUGAGGAGCAGCACCGUUCCCAAGUUCAAGGUGCUCAUGGUUUCGGGAUUUUUUCUCAUCAACGUCAUCAACAUUUGCACUAUUCCUUUCCGUAGUUCAGCCUCGCUAUCCACCCUGCGAUCUUGGGCUGGCGGUCUCGGAGGAGUUGUUUCAACUCUACCAGUUGACCCCUACAAGGUUGCAAAGAAUGGUUUGGACGCCAUUUUGAGUGCUGCACAAGCUAGUAAUACGCCGACUCGCGUUACUAUCCUGACCCCGAUCAAGUACGAGCUGGAGUAUCCUUCGGUUCACUAUGCUCUGUCGUCGUCGUUUGGCGAGAGCGGCCUCGGCUCUAAUGAUUCUUCUGUUCAGUUUGGCGACUAUGGCGUUGGAGGCCGCAUGGUUGGUAGUCUCCUGAAGAGUCUUGAAGACCCUGUGUUGUCAAAGUGGAUCGUGGUUGCUUUAGCACUGAGUGUCGGCCUCAACGGAUAUCUCUUCAACGUGGCCAGAUGGAGCAUCAAGGAUCCCAAUUUGCCCGAUCACAGUAUUGACCGCAAGGAACUUGCCCGAGCUCAGCGAUUUAAUGACACGGAGUCUGCCACUCUGCCCCUCGGAGAAUAUGUGCCCCCCACACCCAUGCGUACCGAACCCGCGACCCCUGCCUUGACCGAUGACGAAGGUGAUGGCCUCCAGAUGCGCAAGGUCAAGCCUGCAAGGUCCCAGUCCCAGUCAGAGCAUCGAUCAAUUGAAGAACUGGAGAAACUUAUUGCCGAGAAACGAACCCACGAGCUCAAUGAUGAAGAAGUUGUCACCAUGUCCAUGCGCGGCAAGAUCCCAGGUUAUGCACUUGAAAAGACGUUGAGGGACUUCACCCGUGCCGUCAAGAUCCGGCGGACUAUCAUUUCCCGCACCAAGGCUACCUCGGGGCUCACCAACGGAUUAGAUUCGUCUUUACUGCCUUACGAGCACUACAACUGGGAGCGAGUGUUUGGAGCCUGCUGCGAAAACGUUAUUGGUUAUUUGCCCCUCCCUGUAGGUGUUGCUGGUCCUCUCGUUAUUGAUGGACAGAGCUAUUUUAUUCCCAUGGCUACGACCGAAGGUGUGUUAGUUGCUAGUACGAGCCGUGGAUGCAAGGCUAUCAACUCUGGUGGCGGUGCCAUUACUGUUCUUACUAGCGAUGGCAUGACCCGUGGUCCUUGUGUCAGCUUUGAAACCCUCGAGCGGGCUGGUGCCGCUAAACUCUGGCUGGAUUCUGACAUUGGCCAAAAGACAAUGAAAGAUGCCUUUGACUCAACGAGUGGUUAUGCUCGACUACAACACAUGAAGACUGCCUUGGCCGGAACAAACUUGUAUAUUCGGUUUAAAACUACGACUGGCGACGCCAUGGGCAUGAAUAUGAUUUCUAAGGGCGUUGAACACGCACUUAAUGUCAUGUCUACUGAGGGUGGAUUUGAGGACAUGAAUAUUGUCACGGUGUCUGGCAAUUUUUGCAUUGAUAAGAAGCCGGCUGCCAUGAACUGGAUCGACGGUCGCGGCAAGGGAAUUGUUGCUGAGGCCAUCAUUCCUGCCGAUAUCGUCAAGUCCGUCUUGAAGAGUGAUGUCGAUGCUUUGGUUGAGCUCAAUGUUGCUAAGAACCUGAUCGGAUCUGCCAUGGCUGGUUCCAUUGGUGGUUUCAACGCGCACGCUGCUAAUAUUGUCGCUGCCAUCUUCCUUGCCACUGGCCAAGACCCUGCUCAAGUGGUGGAGAGUGCCAACUGCAUUACGACAAUGAAGAAUCUUCAUGGGUCCCUCCAGAUCGCCGUUUCCAUGCCCUCGCUCGAAGUCGGCACCCUGGGCGGCGGAACAAUCCUGGAGCCUCAGAGUGCUAUGCUCGACAUGCUUGGUGUCAGGGGUCCACACCCAACAAACCCUGGAGACAAUGCUCGACGACUUGCACGAAUUAUCGGUGCUGCGGUCUUGGCCGGUGAAUUGUCCCUUUGCAGCGCACUCCAGGCCGGUCACCUUGUCAAGGCGCACAUGCAGCACAACAGAAGCGCCGCCCCCUCGAGAACUGGCACGCCUGCUCCUCCUCCCAUGACCCCUGUUUCUCUAGCCAUGACAAAUGCUCAGGAUAAGUCUAAGAGCGCUGCUGCACAGCAGAGGGCGAAGCGAUAG